UGGGUAUAGCCCAUCCCCUUCAGCUUCAUCGUGAGCUCUCCCUGAUGCCAUUUGGAUCUGAGACUUCCAGGUUUCCUCUCCCUGAGCAGUGCAGGUUCCCCGCCAAUGCUCACCCACGGACUAAGGCCAAAAUGCCAAUUUAGUCAGUCUCCAGUAUUCGCGGAGUGGGAUGUAAUUCCUAGCAGAAGCGGAGUUCCACUCAUCCCUGUGGGAAAGCUCAAUGCAGAAAGUCAUCUCUGACAACUUCCACUUGGGCAGACGCCUCACCCUUUCCGGCUCUAGACUACAUUUCCCAGAAUUUCUUGCGGCUCUAAUCAACUUCCGGCGAGAACCGGGCUACCUUUUUUACUUCUCAAGGAACAAAAAGGACUCCUUGGGAUUGGCGGGGUCUAAGGACGAAGCUUGUCUUUAGGGUGUGGGAUCUGCCUAGUGUGGAAGCCGCACUCCGAGACUGCAGGUUGCUCUCGAACACUGCUGGCAGCGAUUCGGGGAGGGCAGCCCGGCUGUCCGCCUGGCCUAGCAUUUGCGCUGCCGGAAAUCUUGGAGACGGCGAAGAUAUACCAAACGGAUCCCGCUCCGGACUACAUUUCCCAGAGGACCGCGUGGAAACAGGGCCACUUCCCUCGCUUGUGUUACUUUGGGCCUCCUGGUAAAGUGCUGUGCUAGCUCUGCUUCUCAGGAGGUCCUUAGAAGAAGGAGGAAUGGCUGCCGGCCAAGCCAAAUACAAGGAAUCAGUGAUGUUCAGGGAUGUGGCAGUAGAUUUCUCUCAGGAGGAGUGGGAAUGUUUGGACCCAGCUCAGAGGGACUUGUACAGAGAUGUGAUGCUGGAGAACUACAGCAAUCUGCUGUCAAUGGGACUUUACAUACCUAAGCCUCAAGUUAUCUCCUUAUUGGAACAAGGGAAGGAGCCCUGGAUGGUUGGCAGAGAGCUGACAAGAGGUCUGUGUUCAGAUCUGGAGUCAAUGUGUGAAACCAAGUUAUUGUCUCUAAAGAAGGAAGUUUAUGAAAUAGAAUCAUGCCAGAGGGAAACAAUGGGACUUACAAAGUAUGGCUUUGAGUACUCCAAUUAUAGAGAUGUUUUGGAAUAUGGAAGUCAUCUUGAAAGACAACUGGGAUAUCAAAAUGGACAUUUCAAUCAAGAAAUAUUUACUCAUGAAUACAUGCCCACAUUUAUUCAUCAGACAUUCUUCACUCUACAUCAAAUAAUUAAUAAUGAAGAGAAACCCUAUGAAUGUAAGAAAUGUGGAAAAGUCUUUAGUCUGAAUUCACAAUUUAUUCAACAUCAGAGAAUUCAUAAUGGUGAAAAAUCUUAUGAAUGUAAGGAGUGUGGGAAGUUCUUUAGUUGUGGCUCACAUGUUACUCGACACCUGAAAAUUCAUACUGGUGAAAAACCCUUUGAAUGUAAUGAAUGUGGAAAGGCCUUCAGUUGUAGUUCAUAUCUUUCUCAACAUCAAAGAAUUCAUACUGGUAAGAAACCCUAUGAAUGUAAGGAAUGUGGGAAGGCCUUUAGUUAUUGCUCAAAUCUUAUUGACCAUCAGAGAAUUCACACUGGUGAAAAACCCUACGAAUGUAAAGUAUGUGGAAAAGCCUUUACUAAGAGCUCACAACUUUUUCAGCAUGCAAGAAUUCAUACAGGUGAGAAACCCUAUGAAUGUAAGGAAUGUGGCAAAGCUUUUACUCAGAGCUCAAAGCUUGUUCAGCAUCAGAGAAUUCAUACUGGUGAGAAACCCUAUGAGUGCAAGGAAUGUGGCAAAGCCUUCAGUAGUGGAUCAGCACUUACUAAUCAUCAGAGAAUUCAUACUGGAGAGAAACCCUAUGAUUGCAAGGAAUGUGGCAAAGCUUUUACUCAGAGUUCACAACUUCGGCAACAUCAGAGAAUUCAUGCUGGUGAGAAACCCUUUGAAUGUUUUGAAUGUGGGAAAGCCUUCACUCAGAACUCACAACUUUUUCAACAUCAGAGAAUUCAUACAGAUGAAAAACCAUAUGAGUGUAAUGAAUGUGGAAAGGCCUUUAAUAAAUGCUCAAACCUCACUCGACAUCUGAGAAUUCAUACCGGGGAAAAGCCCUAUAACUGUAGGGAAUGUGGGAAAGCAUUUAGUAGUGGAUCAGAUCUCAUUCGUCAUCAGGGAAUUCAUACUGAUGAGUUCUGUCGCCGAGGGUCUCCUGGGUCACACUCAGCUCUCCGGUACCGCACCUGGGUACCAGCGGUGGUGGUGUGCCUCGGGCCCUCUGGGAAAUGUAGUUCAGCAAAGACCGCCACGGCGCAAAGCCUUCUGGGGCUGGUGGUUCUCGGAAUCUCAAAGAAAAGCUGGGUCAAACACAACUAUUCUCAUUUUCAGGAUGAAGAAAUGUUGGCUCUGACAGUGCAAGAAACACAGAGAAAAUUGAAGACAGAAGGAAGAAUGGCUGUUGGACUUUGUAAGUCCAUGUCCCAGGGGUUGGUAACCUUUAGGGAUGUGGCUCUAGAUUUUUCCCAAGAAGAGUGGGAAUGGCUGGACCCAUCCCAGAAGGAUUUAUACAGAGAUGUCAUGUUGGAGAACUACAGGAAUUUGGUAUUGCUUGGACUCUCAAUUUCCAAGCCCAACAUGAUCUCUUUAUUGGAGCAAGGGAAAGAACCUUGGAUGGUGAAAAGAGAGAUGUCAGAUGGUCAAUAUACAGACUGGGAGUCUUGGUAUGAAAUCAAGGAAUUAUCUCCAGUAUGGUACAUUGAUGAAGAGGAAAUAUCCCAGAGCAUAGUAAUGGGAAGACUUACAGAUCAUGACUUUGAAUGCUCCAGUUUCAGAGAAACUUGGAAAUAUGAGGAUGAAUUUGAGCAUUGUCAUGGAAAUCAGGAGAGGCAUUUCAGGCAAGUGGCAAGUCUUAAGAAAAUAUAUGCUGUGAAAACAGACAAUGAAUAUAAUAAUUCUGACAGAAAUAUUCUCUUGAAUUCAGUACUUUUAACACAACAGACAGUUUCUACAUUACAGCAGAUACAUGAAUUUGAUAUUUAUGAUAAAAUGUUCCCCCUAAAUUCAGUCCUAAUUGAAAAUAAAAGACAACAUGCUCAGAAGGAAUCUUUGAUAGGUAAUAAAUAUAAAGAAUUCAAACAGAGCACAUACUUUAAUAAAGAUAUAGGCAUUCCUCCUGGGGAGAAGCCUUAUAAAAGUAAUGAUUUUUCAAAUCUUUUAAGUUUCCAUUCAUUACUUACUCAACAUCGAACAACUCAUUUUGGAAAAUUACCUGAUGAAUGUGGUGGUGCCAUUAGUUGUUACUCAUCAUUUACUCAACCUCAGAGAAUUCACAGUAGAAAGAAACCAUAUGCAUGCAAUGACUGCGGAAAAGCCUUUAGCCAUGACUUCUUUCUCAGUGAACAUCAGACAACUCAUAUUGGAGAGAAACCAUAUGAGUGUAAGGAAUGCAACAAAGCCUUUAGACAGAAUGCACACCUUGCUCAACAUCAGAGAAUCCACACUGGAGAAAAACCCUUUGCAUGUAAUGAAUGUGGGAAGGCCUUUAGCCGUUAUGCCUUCCUUGUUGAACAUAAGAGAAUUCACACAGGAGAGAAACCAUAUGAAUGUAAGGAAUGUAAUAAAGCCUUCAGACAGAGUGCACACCUUAAUCAACAUCAGAGAAUUCACACUGGAGAGAAACCCUAUCAAUGUAAUCAAUGUGGAAAAGCCUUCAGCAGACGCAUAGCCCUUACUCUGCAUCAAAGAAUUCAUUCAGGAGAGAAACCCUUUAAAUGUAAUGAAUGUGGGAAGACCUUUGGCUAUCGCUCACACCUUAAUCAACAUCAGAGAAUUCAUACUGGAGAAAAGCCCUAUGAGUGCAUCAAAUGUGGGAAGUUUUUCCGGACUGAUUCACAACUUAAUCGACAUCAUAGAAUCCAUACUGGAGAGAGACCUUUUGAAUGCAGUAAAUGUGGGAAAGCCUUCAAUGAUGCUUUAGUUCUAAUUCAUCAUAAGAGAAGUCAUGCAGGAGAGAAACCCUAUGUAUGUAACAAAUGUGGGAAAGCUUUCAGUUGUGGCUCAUACCUCAAUCAACAUCAGAGAAUUCAUACUGGGGAGAAACCCUAUGAAUGCAAUGAAUGUGGGAAGACUUUCCAUCAGAUAUUGUCCCUUAGGCUACAUCAGAGAAUUCAUAUUGGAGAAAAAUCCUAUAAUUGCAAUGAAUGUGGGAGUAAUUUUAGCUGUGUCUCCACCCUUAGACGACAUCAGAAAAUUCAUAAUAGAAAAACACUCUGAUUAUAACAAGAAUAAGAAAGAAAACAUUUAGUCACCACUCAGUCCUUAUUAAAUAAAUAUCAGUGAAUUCUUUGGUUAGCAGUUCUAUGAAUAUAGUGCAUAUGGGAAAGCCUUCAGUUCAUGAGCAUUCCUUAUUUGAAAUAGCCCUAGUAGUAGACAUCUGUUACUUCGUGAUCUGUUCUGUGCCCUUUUUGAGACUUAGCUUACCUUAAUGCAUGUGAUUCUGGUGAAACCAUUAGGGAGGGCAGUGUCAGGUCAUAGGCUGGCCAGUUAUUUCCCUUGACCUAGUGAUUAAUAAGGAAUUGGCAAAUGGCCCUGUCUGGACUGUUAGAGCUCUAGUGGCUAUUAUGAUGGAUAGUAAGAGAAGUUUUUUUUUUUAAUUGCAAGUUUCAAGGAUUAGUGAGGUUAAAAACUUACCAGCAAGGUUUUUGUCUGUUUUUUGUUUUUUGUUUUGCCAUUACAUGAGAAAACCUAUUCCAAGAUAAAUCCAACACAGAUGAAAAUGGAGGUGAGAGACAGAAAUCUGAUGAAACUCUUUGAUUUCUUUGAUCCAGGCAUGCCUGAACUCUACACCAUCCCUCACUUUUAUCAUUUUUGUGAUCCAGUUAAAAAAAUGUGUGUGUGUGUGUGUGUGUGUGUGUGUGUGUUUCCUUAGUUAAUUUGAAUUGGAUUUUUUUUCUCUUGGAAUUAGAGUCCUGAUGUAUAUACUAUAUG